UCGAAAUUCAUGGUAUUUCAGUAAAUGGGAGCCCCAUUUACUGAAAGCCCGCGAAGUACUGAUUCCCAGACCUGCGACGACAUGGACUUAUGGAUGAACGAAAUCGAGAAACAAUUCGAAAGCGAUGGCACGGGGUCGGAUUUGGCCUCUGCGAAUAUUUUGAUGCAAAAGCGGCAAAUGAUCAAAACGCAAAUGGCCGUCAAGGCGCGCCAAGUCGAUGAGCUGGAGAAGCAAACUAAACAUCUGGACACAGCCGCACCCGACAAGGACAUCAACGAAAUCAAGGUGAAAAAGAGUAAACUUGAGGAGCGCUUCCAGCUCAUCAAGCAGCCCCUCAUCGGAAGACAGCGACUGCUGGAAAAGAAGAAGGAAGCCCUCCAGUUCCGACGGAAUGUCGAGGACGAGCUUCUAUGGAUAGCCGAAAAAAUGUCCCUGGCAACUUCCACGAAAUACGGCAACAACCUGUCCCAGGUUAACACGUUGCAGAAGAAGAACCAGUCGCAUCAAACUGAAGUGGAGAACCACGAGCCGCGCGUUAACACCGUGUGCAACAACGGGCAGAAGUUGAUCGAUGAGGCCCACGAAGAUGCGGCAGAGUUCAGCCGGCUGAUCAACGAGCUGCACAAGGCGUGGCAAGAGUUGAAGAAGGCCAUCGAUAACAGACGAGUCAACUUGUUGAGGAACGAGCGGACGCAGCAGUAUCUGUUCGAUGCUAAUGAGGCCGAGAGCUGGAUGAGCGAGCAGGAGCUCUACAUGAUGGUGGAAGAUCGGGGCAAAGAUGAGACCAGCGUCAGGAACUUCAUGAAGAAGCACGAAAAUCUGGAAGCGGCCGUUGAAGCUUAUGCGGACACCAUCAGAGGACUGGGUGAAACUGAAAAGGCCCUGUCGGCUGCAGGACAUCCUUUGGCCGAGCAGGUCGCUGUUAAACAGUCGCAACUGGACAAGCUAUAUGCCGGACUGAAGAAUUUGGCGCAAGAACGACGCGCUAAGCUGGAUGAGGCCUUGCAGCUCUUCCUGCUCAACAGAGACAAUGGCGACUUGGAGCAGUGGAUAACUGAUCGCGAAGUGGUGGCCUCUUCUCAUGAACUAGGCCAGGAUUACGAUCACGUUACUCUGCUAUGGGAGCGCUUUAAGGAGUUCGCCCACGACACGGAAACCAUUAAAAGUGAAAGAGUUGCGGGAGUCAACGACAUUGCAGACUCCUUGAUAGCUGCCGGCCAUCCGGACUCGGCAACAAUCGCCGAAUGGAAGGACCGGCUGAACGAGGCCUGGCAGGACUUGUUGGAAUUGAUCGAAACCCGAACGCAAAUGCUUGCGGCUUCCCGUGAAUUACACAAGUUCUUCCACGACUGCAUUUUGGAGAAGCAGGUUGCGAUGUCGGACGAACCGGGCCGAGAUGCUGGUUCUGUUUCAACGCUGCAGCGCAAACACCAAAACUUCAUGCAAGACCUACAGACGCUUCAGAACUAAGUGCAACAGAUCCAAGAGGAAUCGGACAAGCUUCGACCCAGCUAUGCGGGCGACGGAACUAAAGAGAUCACAAAUAGAGAACAAGAAGUGUCUGCGUGGGCCAGUUUGCAAAUGGUUUGCGAACAGCGCAAAGGAAAACUGGCCGAUACUGGCGAUCUGUUCAAGUUCUUCAACCUGGUGAGGACGCUGAUGCAAUGGAUGGACAACGUGGUGCGCCAAGAGAACAAUGAGAUUGAUGAGCAAUCAGAAGAGCCCUCAAGCAAAAUUUAA